CAAGCGCCCCUUUCUUGAGAGGUAAAAAUUGCCUUCCCAGCUUGCUUCGUUUUGUUUGUUUGUUUGGGUUUCGAUGUUGCGUUGACGCGCGAAGCAGACAGCAGAUUUCAUCACGAUCGCACGCAAGCAAGGCUCAAGAUCACAGUGGACCCGGCAUCAUCAUUGCAUCGCAGCGGGUUGCUUGAGCCGUGUGUGGGUUGCUUUGUUGCUUCAGCGGACCGAUCCCCAUUUCCCUCCGCACCUCACCCACCCAAGAAGACUCUCUCACGUCCAAGCGCACACGCACAUACACACACACACACGACAGCCUUCCACACGACUCGCCACCAUGUCGUCCUCCACUACCAAGUCCAGCGCUCACAUCCUCUGGUUUGAGGAGAUCAGCAUCGAAGAUGUGCCCGUCGUUGGCGGCAAGAACGCCUCGCUCGGCGAAAUGUACCAAGCGUUGACACCAAAGGGCAUCAACAUCCCUAACGGGUAUGCCAUCACGGCCAGCGCAUACUUUUACUUCCUGGACAAGGCGGGCAUUCGCAACGAGAUUCGCACCAUCAUGCAAGGCCUCGAUGUCACCGACACCCGCAACCUUGAGGAGCGUGGCGCCAAGGUGCGCAAGCUGAUCCUGUCCAAGGACCUCCCUGCUGACCUGGAGGCGAAGAUCACAGCCGCCUACGACAAGCUGAGCGAGCACGUGGGCGUCCCCAACACGGACGUAGCCGUGCGCUCGUCUGCAACAGCCGAGGACCUGCCCAACGCCAGCUUUGCAGGGCAGCAGGAGACGUUUCUGAACGUGCGCGGCCACAAGGCGCUGCUGGAAUCCUGCAAGGCGUGCAUCGCCUCUCUCUUCACGAACCGCGCCAUCGCCUACCGCGAAAACAACGGGUUUGACCACUUUGAGGUUGGCCUGUCCGUGUGCGUGCAGAAGAUGGUGCGCUCUGAUCUUGCGUCAAGCGGUGUCAUCUUCUCCAUCGACACAGAGUCGGGCUUUGACAAGACGGUCUUCGUCACCGGCGCAUGGGGCCUGGGCGAAAACAUCGUUCAGGGCCACGUCAACCCAGACGAGUUCUACGUGUUCAAGCCCAUGCUGGAUGAGCCAGGGUGCCGCCCCAUCAUCAGCCGUAAGCUCGGCGCAAAGCAGUUCCGCAUGAUCUACGCCACAGACUCGAGCAAGCUCUCCGUCAAGAACAUUCGCACGCAGCAGCAGGACCGCCUGCGCUUCUGCAUCUCCGAUGACGAAGUCAUCCAGCUCGCCAAGUGGGCCACAGAGGAGAUGUACGCGUGUGCAGAUGUGGUGGCGACGGCACAGAGUGUGCACAUCUACAUUGUGUGCGCGCAGGCGCGUGUCAUCAACGACAUAUGCCCGCCCCAGUCUGCGCGCAUCUCAAGAAGAACACAAACCAUAUUGUCCACACGCGCGGCGCGAACGUGCCAUGCUGCCAUCAUCUCCCGCGAGCUUGGCGUGCCCUGUGUCGUCGGCUGUCAAACCGCCACGGAGCAGGUUCCAAACGGCGAAAUGGUCACAGUCGACUGCUCAGGCGGUGAGACGGGUCACGUGGUCCGCGGAGAGCGAAAGUUUGUGGUGCACGAAACGGACAUCACAACGAUUCCCAAGACCAAGACCAAGACGAUGCUCAUUCUUGGCAACCCAGACCUUGCGUUCGACCUCAGCUUCACCCCAGCACAGGGCGUGGGCCUCGUUCGCAUGGAGUUCAUGAUCAUGAACCACAUCAAGGUGCACCCGCUCGCCCUCCUCGACAUGGAUGUGCUCACGCCAGAAGAGCGCGUUGAGGUAAAGCAGCUGAUCCAGGGGUACGACGACCCGAGCGAGUUCUUUGUGUCGCAUUUGGCCGAGGGCAUUGCCUCCAUCGCCGCCGCAUUCCACCCGCAUGACGUCAUCCUCAGAUUCUCAGACUUCAAGGUCUCCGCACCAAUCUCAACGCUCUUGGUCCUGGUGAGCACGCGCACACGCCAGGAAGAGCCGCACACGCUUGUAUUCCGGUGGCUCAAACACAUGGCCGAAGGACUCCUGUCCGCCUUCCUUGGGGGCGUAAGUGAACCAGGGGCCAUCACGGUGCUUGGUCGCCGCUAUGAUGCGACACAGGAGUCGGACGACCUCAAGGCCCACAUUCGCCGGCUGGUCUGGCUCACAUACCGCAAAGGCUACGAUCCCAUCCAUGGUGAUGCGCAGUUGACGAGUGAUACGGGGUGGGGGUGCACGUACAGGUCUGGCCAGAUGCUGCUGGCGCAGGCGCUCAUGAGCAACGCAGAGCCGUCUGCCCGCAUGCAGCGGCUGGAGGGCGUGCGCCCGUCCACGUGGCAGCACGAGGAAACAAAACGGGCGGUGCUGUCCAUGUUCCAGGACUCGCACGACCCGGCCGCCUUCUUCUCCAUCCAGCACAUGGCCGAGACCUCGUUUGUUGUCCGCAAGAAACCGGGGCAGUGGCUCUCCCCAAGCGAAGUCGCACUCAUCAUCAGGCGCCUCAACCCACCGGAAACAGGAAUGCGCGUCCGCAUCGUCAACGACACGCUCCUCUCAACGCGACGCAUCCUGGCUGGAGAGCCGUGGAUGCCGACGCUGCUGAUGAUUCCUCUUCGCGCAGGUCUCGACACGCUCCAGCCAGAAUCAGUGCCCGCUUUCGUGGCGUUCUUUGACUGGCCGUGGUGCGUUGGUGCCAUUGGCGGCAAGCCCGGCUCUGCAUACUACUACGUGGGCAUUGACCAUGACAGACGGCGCGUGCUGUAUUUGGAUCCGCACACAACGCGAUCACGCCUCGACCUCUCCAACCAGGCCGCUGAAAAGACUUGCGUUCCGGACAAACUCAAGUCCAUGGACAUGUCGAAAUCCUGCUCCUCCAUCUGCGUGGGUUUGUUUCUUCCAGAGCUCCGCGACCUGACAGAACUCGUGCAACGCUACAAGAGGGAACAAUUGUCCGGCAUGUGGAGCACCCCACUCUUCCACGUAGUCAACGACGCCGGCCUGUCGAUAUCAGAAGAGCCCCACAUGGAUGGGUCUGUGGUUGAGACGACAUUCAGCGCAUCGACAGACAUGCGUGCGCGCGGGCCGCCAAGUGUGCCGCGACCACGCAGGCGGCACGUGGGUACAGCACAACCCGGCCCCUCCACGGCGUCGCCGGCGUCUUCUUCAUCAUCGUCGGCAUCGUCAUCUUCCGCACAUGCACGGCCCAAUCUCGCCCGCCGGUUCACCGUUGCCGCUGGCCCCCUCUCCAGACGCAUGCCCAUGGCGGAUGCCGAACUGCACUUUGCAUCGCACCAACAGCAAGCACCGUCGCCACGUGCACCGCUUCGUGCAAACCACACGCGGCAGCCGCAGCCCACCACAGCAACACCAGCGUCGACCACGGCAACAGCGCCAGCAGCACCCACACACCCGGCGCCGCCAGCAGCACCGCCGUAUCUGGCACAACAGCAAGAAUUUACCGAGGAGGAAGAUGAUGAGGACGGCUUUGUCGUAAUUGACUAUGCACCGCCAGAGUCGUGA